CUUCUUAAUUUCUCUUUAAAGACAAAACCAAAAUAAUACACUGGAUCAAUGAAAAAACUGUUGAUGAAGGCACAGAUGUCAUGUUUUCUUGUUUUGCUAUGUCGGAUCCAAAAGAAAACAUUAAAUACACAUGGAGAAAGAAUGGUCAACACUUGCAAGACUUGGGUGUCAACCAGCUGAGCUGUGAGAAAAACUGCACAGUGCUUAAAAUUCUGAAAGUCAAAAGCAUACACUCAGGAAACUACACAUGUAUUGCCAGUAAUAGAAUUGAUGAAGAUCAAAGAACUGUUAGGUUGAAAGUGAAAGCACCUCCUCAUCCUCCAAAUGAUGUUAAGAUCACAAGUUGUGGAGACUGGAAGUUGGGACUAAAGUGGUCUGCAGGGUUUAACAAUUUCCAUCCAAUUGUUAAUUAUACUAUUGAAUACAAUACACCUUUUCACCCAGAUGAGUGGAUUUUUCUGUUUCAAACUUCAGAUAAUAGAACACAAAUUAAUGGUUUACCUCUUUCUGCUGGGGUUGAGUAUACCUUCAGAAUUAAAGCAUUAAAUGUAAAAGGAUUUAGUAUUGCAUCAAAACCAACAACCCUGUGUAAAACAGAUGCAAAGAAACCAGCCAGACAUCCAGAUGGCGUGAAAAUAAAGAAUUGGAAAGAAGGAUAUCUAUUCAUAGAAUGGAAGGCAAUGGAUCCAAUGGAUUUCAAUGGAGAGAACUUCUCAUACAAAAUAUUUGUGAGAAAACUUCAUGCAAAAGAUGACAAAAUCAGUUCAUAUAUUGUGGCUGGGGAAAAGAAUUCAAAGCUAAUUAAAACUAAUGACACUUACCAAAAGUAUGGAGUAAAAGUAGCAGCAUGGAACAUAAAAGGCACACCCCUACCAGGGCCAGUAGAAAUCUUUGGGUAUUCAGGAAUGGGUGUACCAACCAUUAGGCCAAAGAAUUUUGCAUUGGAUGAAACACAAUCAUUUACACAUGAAACAGCUACAUUUGUUUGGGAUGCAGUUCCAUCUAAUUCUACUGAGUUGAAAGGAAAGUUUGAUGGAUAUGUAGUAAGUAUUAGAAAAAUAAAAGAUAUCAUUUUUCCCCAUUUUUAGCUCUACUGGUCAGAG